UCUGAAGCAGGGGGCCCUGAGAGGGAGCAGAGAGCUCAAGCCAGAAGCUGUAAUCCCAGACCCUCGGGCUUGGGGCAGGCCACACAGGCAGGUGGGGGACAGGGCAGUGGACCCACAGCUCCCGAGGGAGUGGCCGCCUUGCCCCCGUCUCCAGGAGGGAGCUGGGAAGCCUGCCUUCACCCCUCUGCUGUCUGCAUCCCAGGCCUUACCCACAGGAUUCCGCUGUCGGACAAGAGGCCCGACUUCUGUCACCAUGGUGGACGUGAGGUGUCUGAGCGACUGUGAAUUGCAGAACCGACUGGAGGAGCUUGGAUUUUCACCCGGCCCCAUCCUACCUUCCACCAGAAAAGUGUACGAAAAAAAGGUACUGCAAUUGUUGGCCUCCGCUCCCUGUGCCUCACCUGUCCCGAACAGACCCGUGAAGCUCGAGGAGUCCCCGGACAGUGACGACAGCGAAGAGCUUAGUAUCGUUUUGAAAGGAAAUAUCAGACUCUCUGCAGAAAAAAGCAAGGAACUCAAAAAAAACCCAGGUUUUGAAAGACCAGAGGAGCAAGAGGACAAUUGUGAUUGUAAUAAUUUCAAGGUGACAGUCAAGAGACCUGAGCCUUCUGCAAGCAAAAGCAAAUCUCGAGACGCCCGCUGCCUGGGUCGUAAGCUGGCCACAGGGACCAGGUGUGCUGCGAGACCCUGCAACUCCAGAGUGCUCAGACCCAAGGCCGGGGGUAUCGCCAGAAAGCCCUGCGCCCCAGACCAGAGCGAGGGGAUCGGGUUCCCCGUGGGCUUGAAGCUCGCGGUGCUCGGCAUUUUCAUCAUCGUGGUGUUCGUCUACAUCACCAUGGAGAAGCGGCCGCUCUUCGGUUAAGAACUCCGGAAGCAGACGAUGCACGCGGCUGACGCGUCACCCUGAGCGAGCCCUCCUGCCCCAGCAAAGACGACCCAGAGCUCGCUGAGGGCCUUUGCCUGGAGCCAGAGCCUUCGCCGGCCCCGCGCUGCAGCCGCAGAUCUGCACCUGGGCUCCGCCAGGUGGACGAGCAGGGCACAGAAGCAGGCCCGAGUUAAGAGCACGCGGUUAGGAAACCCCCCACGUCACGUAGGCUGUCAUUAAAAGCGUUUCCACCUUACAGCAGGAGUCUCCUAAAAGGAAACUCCACCCGGUAUUUUUCUUUCUUUUCUCCCCCCACCUGCCCCAAACAACAGGUUUUUCAUAUUUAUUAGUGAACCAGCCUACUAGUGUGGAGCAUAGAACAGAGAGAGAACCGGUAUUCCCAAUAAAUAAAACGCGCCCAACGGCAUAGCGGUGACA